AUGUUGGCUAAAUACAGAAAGAACUCAAAGAGUAAAAAGAGUCAGGCUAUGAGAAUAGUAAGAACUAUAGGGCAAGCGUUUGAAGUCUGUCACAAGUUAAAUAUACACAAUGCUGGACCUAAUGAUGGUUUAGAGGAUAGAUUUGAUGAUGAAAAAUUCUCUAACAAAGAAAAAGAAUUAGAAGACAAAGAAAACAAACAGAAAGAUGGAGAGGUGGAGAAAGAAACAAAAGCCACACCUCCAUCAGACUUGGCCCUGGUCAAAUCAACACAACAACAACAACAACAACAGCAACAACAACCAACAGCCAGAAACAGUUUAUCGUCACCGCUUGGAUCACCGGUGAUGCUCGGUGAAUAUGAUGACAAACCACAGUAUCCAUUGAGCUCACAUCACCAGAUGCAGUUGCUACGGCAACAACUUGAGCAGCAACAGCACCAGACGCAGGUAGCCAUUGCUCAAGUUCAUCUGCUGAAAGACCAGUUGGCUGCUGAAACUGCUGCUAGGAUUGAAGCACAAGCACGUGCGCAUCAGUUAUUAUUACAUAAUCGUGAUCUGUUAGAUCAUGUGACCCAGCUAGUAGGGAGAGUGAAGAAUUUAGAAUUGAAGAUGACUGGCAUUUCAUCAUCUUCAUCAACUGAUGUUUUUCAUACCCCACCACAGUUUGUACCUUCGCUACCAGACCCAACUACACCCAGAUGUGGACCAGUUCACCUUCCAUCAAUGAGGGACAUGGACAACUCCUAUCUUACUUCCAUAUCAAAUAGUUCCACUUUCGAAAACACCAAAGCUGCAUUGGAGGCGGAUUCACCCGACAGCGGACAUCGUGAAAUGUCCUCAGAAAGUCUUUCGUUCAAUUUAUCAAAUUCUGAUAGCAGUGGAUGGAACCCUGCCUACAAUCCCGGCAACGAUGGCGUAGUACUGCGUAGGAAUAUCAAUGCUAAUCCAUUUUCAAGCUCAUUCAAUAGCGUGAAUUACGAUAGUAAAGAGUCCAAGGAGAAGACGAAAAUUAUCACUACGCCAAUCAAAGAAGGAAAGGGGAGCCAAUCGGAUUACAACAUAAGCUCGAAACCUAACAAACUAGAUCCUCCGCCAUCUUACAAAAGGCUGCAUCGCCUUUCCCAAAAUGGAGGCAUCGUCAACGGACAUUAUAUGGAUGGACAGAAUCACAUCAUGACAGAUAGUGAUUACUACUCCACCUACAACAGUAGUCAUAGCAACGGCAGUUCAAUGCACCACUCUGAUUUAAGAUCCAGUUACUCUGACAACAGGGACAAUAACUCUAAAAACAAUAACCGUCAUCCACUGGACGUUCACGUCAACGAUUUGAGUGCUAAUAAUUCGCACAUGAAGCAUGCCGAGUGGAACUCGCGAAUUAGCUACACUUCUGAUGAAAAUAGUGAUAACUCGGAUGACUCUAAUGGCCAAUCAAAUAGGGCCUCUCGUAGACUUGAUUCAAUGACUCUUGAUGAAUUUGAAGCUUUGGGAAGUUAA